AUGUCUGGGUCAAGGCUGCAUAAUCCUUUCGAGGAUAUACCCAGCCAGCAGCGUCAAGCUGCACCGUUCUCCGCGCACGACGACCCGUUCGAAGAUGCCAAUGGCUCUCCGCAGCUCUUCUCCCCGGACAAUUAUGGUCCUCCCGGUCAGGCUUCGAGCUCGAGAGAUCCCAAGCAUGGCUACGCCCUGGAUCCCUUCUUCGACGACGACGACGAAUAUGGACCAUCCCAAUCCUCGGCGUACCUCCCUGCGCAGCCAUCUACGUCCGACCUGAACGCAUCAAGCGGCUAUCGCGACAGGAAUAGACGGGACGCCUCAGAGCCUCUCGCCGCAUCUGGUGCUGUCCCUGCGGGAUUCAGCGGCCCGGACGAUAUGGACAAGGCGUACGGAGGAAAGGCGUACGGCGGAGGUGGGGGCGCCGACCCAUUUGAGGAUGAAGAUGGACCCUCGGCGUACUCGUUCUCCAACCCCCAGUCGGGUCCAUACGCUCGGACACAGAAGGGCAGCAGGUGGUCUAGAUUCCGGGAGGACCACCUGACCGAUGUGGACUGGACACUAGGCCUGAACAAGCUGUUGGGACGGAAAAGCAAAUUCGACGGCGUACCGAGGGAACUGGCGCUCAAUGACCCGGAGGCCAACCACGUCAAGGGGUUCGAGAACAACUCGGUAUCAACGGGGCACUAUGGGCCGAUCACAUUCUUGCCAAAGUUCCUGUACUCCGAAUUCUCUCGCUCUGCCAAUCUCUUCUUCCUCUUCACUGCUUGUAUCCAACAGGUGCCGAACGUAUCCCCAACAGGACGAUACACUACAAUCGUGCCGCUGGCGGUGGUAUUGAUAGCCAGUGCGGUCAAGGAGAUUAGAGAGGACUAUAAACGUCAUGCAUCCGACAGAUCACUCAACAACAACCCCUCCGAGGUCCUCGUGAACCAGCAAUUCGAGCAACGACCUUGGCGAAGAAUACGGGUCGGAGAUAUCGUUCGACUCGCAGCUAAUGCCUUCAUUCCGGCGGAUAUGGUGCUUUUGACCAGUAGCGAGCCGGAUGGUCUGGCGUAUAUCGAGACGGCAAAUCUGGACGGGGAGACCAAUCUCAAAAUCAAGCAAGCCCAUCCCGCAACCGCAUCCUUGACGAAUCCACACGCCGCCUCCAUGCUCCGCGGGCAUCUACUCAGUGAAGCCCCGAACGACUCGCUCUACACCUAUGACGGAACAUUUCACCUCUCAUCCUCCAUGCCCGGUGCGGCGCCUACAAAGAUCCCUGUCGGUCCGAAUCAGAUGCUGCUUCGUGGUGCUCAGCUGCGAAACACGGAAUGGGUUUACGGAGUAGUCGUCAAUGCUGGACACGAGACCAAGCUGAUGCGCAACGCAACUGACGCCCCCAUCAAGCGCACAGCGGUCGAGCGCCAGGUCAAUAUGCAGAUCCUGUACCUCUUCAUCUUGCUCCUCGUCUUAUCCUUGAUAUCGACUGUUGGCAACAGUAUCAGAACGUGGAUCUAUGAUGCGAACACUUGGUAUCUUGAGCUUAGUGUCAACGCCCCAAAUCGAGCUCAGCAAUUCGUGGAAAACAUCUUGACAUCCAUCAUUCUCUACAACAACUUGAUUCCCAUAUCACUGAUCAUGACGAUCGAAGUAGUCAAAUUCUGGCAGGCUUCACUCAUUAACUCGGACCUGGACAUGUACUAUGCACCCACCGACACACCCGCGCUCUGUCGGACUUCAUCGCUCGUCGAAGAACUCGGCCAGAUCGCUUACAUCUUCUCCGACAAGACAGGAACCCUCACCCGGAACGAGAUGGAGUUUCAGGAGUGCAGUAUCUUUGGGACGAUGUACGCUCAGGUGGUCGAUGAUGCCAAGCGGGAGCAGGGGCAGAAGACUUUCGAUGUGCUGAGGGAGCGGGCUAUGGAGGAGAAUGAAGAGGGAGCUGUCAUCCGGGAAUUCCUUGCCCUGCUUUCGGUCUGCCACACCGUCAUCCCGGAAGUCAAGGACGGAAAGGUGGUCUACCAGGCUUCUAGCCCGGAUGAAGCCGCUCUCGUGGCUGGUGCCGAGAUGCUUGGGUAUCGCUUCCACACCCGGAAACCAAAAUCUGUCUUUGUCGAAGUCCAUGGCCGCUCGCUGGAGUACGAGAUCCUCAACGUCUGCGAGUUCAACUCGACACGAAAACGCAUGUCCACGGUGGUACGGUGUCCCGAUGGCCGCAUCAAGCUGUUCACCAAGGGGGCAGACACUGUCAUUUACGAGCGGCUGGCGCAGAACCAGUCCUUCUCUGAGCCUACUUUGGUCCACCUGGAGGAUUACGCUACUGAAGGACUUCGUACGCUGUGCUUGGCAUGCCGAGACAUCUCGGAGGAAGAGUACGACAAGUGGUCCGCUAUGUACGAUGCCGCAGCUUCUCAGCUUUCUGGCCGAGCGGACGCUCUCGACCGAGCCGCGGAGGUCAUCGAGCAGAAUCUGCAACUUUUGGGCGCGACAGCUAUUGAGGACAAGCUGCAAGAAGGCGUCCCUGACACCAUUCAUACCCUUCAGCAAGCCGGUAUCAAGAUCUGGGUUCUCACUGGAGACCGUCAGGAAACCGCCAUCAAUAUCGGUCUUUCUUGUCGCUUGAUCUCGGAAUCGAUGAACCUGGUCUUCGUCAAUACGGAAUCGCAGACCGAGACCUCGGAACUGCUCAACAAGCGUCUAUUCGCGAUCAAGAACCAACGCAUGGGCGGGGAUGUAGAGGAACUGGCUUUGAUCAUCGACGGUCGGAGCCUGACCUUUGCGCUAGAGAAGGAGUGCUCGGGAGUCUUCUUGGAACUGGCUGUGAUGUGCAAGGCUGUCAUCUGCUGCCGAGUCUCGCCCCUUCAAAAAGCCCUCGUCGUCAAGCUUGUCAAGCGGAGUACGAAAGCGCCUUUGCUCGCUAUCGGAGAUGGCGCAAACGAUGUCAGCAUGAUCCAGGCUGCGCAUGUCGGAGUGGGCAUAUCAGGGGUAGAGGGUCUUCAAGCUGCUCGAUCUGCGGAUGUUGCAAUUUCGCAGUUCCGAUUCUUGCGGAAAUUGCUGCUCGUCCACGGGUCUUGGAGUUAUCAGCGAUUAUCAAAGCUCAUCCUGUACUCGUUCUACAAGAACAUCACUUUUGCGAUGACCCUAUUCUGGUACUCCUGGUUCAACGACUUCUCCGGCCAGAUCGCUUUCGAAGGCUGGACCAUGACCUUCUUCAACGUCAUCUUUACGAUCCUCCCGCCACUCGUCAUCGGUGUCUUUGACCAAUUCGUCUCCGCUCGGAUGCUCGACCGGUAUCCACAGCUAUACCAGCUCGGGCAGAAGAAUCACUUCUUUGCGCCCAUCCGGUUCUUCUACUGGGUUACGAACGCUAUCUACCACAGCAUUAUCCUCUUUGCCUUCUCCGCGCUGGCAUUCCGGAUGGACCUGAUCCAGGCGAAUGGCCAGAACUCGGGUCUAUGGGUAUGGGGAACGACGUUGUACCUCGCGGUCCUCCUGACCGUGCUCGGCAAAGCCGCUUUGAUCUCCGAUGUCUGGACAAAAUACACCCUCGCGGCCAUCCCCGGUUCUUUCCUCUUCACCAUGCUCGCCCUUCCCCUCUAUGCCUUCGUCGCCCCCUUCAUCCGCCUUUCACGACCAUACCGCGGCAUCAUCCCUCGGCUAUGGGGAGACGCCAUCUUUUACUUUUGCGUCUUCCUCUUCCCGGUUGUCUGCCUCUUGCGAGACUAUGUCUGGAAGUACUAUGUCCGGACGUACAAUCCUAGCGACUAUCACAUUGUCCAGGAAAUCCAAAAAUUCAACAUGUCAGACUACCGACCGAGACAGGAACAAUUCCAAAAAGCUAUCAAAAAGGUGCGGGCAACGCAGCGGAUGCGGAGACAACGCGGAUUUGCGUUCAGUCAGACCGAGACGAACAACCAGGAGCAGGCGCGAUUGAUCAGAGCGUACGAUACCAGCCAGGCGAGGCCCUCAGGCUAUUAG